AUGGAGACCAUCGACGUGCAGAACAAGUCGUUUGUGGUACGGUGGCUCAAAGUGCAAAAGGGCGACACCAUUACGUUCCAAUUGAAACCUUUAAAAAGAUCGGUUGAAGCCGGAAUUUACAAACGACACACGACCAUCAACCAUGACGCAUUUGAGAAAAAUGGGACCGGUGACGGGACACUCAAAAGUAGCGGGGAUGCCACUCCUUCAGCCGGCAGCGUACACAUUGCCCCGGACACGAAAUCGCUUCUCGAUUACGCAUUGAACCGCAGCAAUUCUUCAACAGAAGACAUCAAUCAAAGAAAUCGCUCCAAAACCAUAUCUGCCGUGCAGCAUUUGACGCAGGACGUUCCGUUGGACAAAAAACUGACCGGCCAGGGCUUUACGCAGGUCAAAAGGCUCGGUACAAUAGCAGGAAACGACUUUGUCGAGGGUAACAUCCAAGCGGACGAAGAUGGCUAUUACGCUUUUGUACUUGACAAUACGGCGUCCAAGACUGCCAAAAAGAAGAUUUUGCUUGGCGUCGAGAACAAAACUCAGGGCCCCAACAUCCCAGUCCACAGAUCCCGCUCACAGCUUCUUCGUGUUAAACAGGGCCGCAUUUUACAAGGCUACAUGCUCAAAAAGAGAAGAAAGAAAUUGCAAGGGUUCACCAAGAGAUUCUUCAAAUUGGAUCUCAAGUACAAAGCAUUCUCUUACUAUCUCAAUGAACACAAUAACGUGUGCAGAGGCGAAAUUGUGAUUCCACUUGCAACAGUCAGCGCCAACAAAAUGACAAGGUUGAUAAUUAUUGAUUCUGGAAUGGAAAUUUGGGUUUUAAAAGCUAAAGAUGAAUCUUCGUGGAGUGAGUGGAUUAGUGCCUUGCAAGACUGUUACAAAAAGGACGAAAGGUUACCAGCUGUGGCUAACCCAGAUCAAGAGGUCUCGGACCCUAACAGUAUUUUAGCAGGCCUUCGUGUUAUCGAACAAAAACUAGACAGUUGUCGCGAAAAAUCGUUGAGCUAUCUUCCUCCCACACAGGAUCUAAGGGGAGCAGUCACUUCAAGUGGUCAAGCGAGCUCCGUGUCACGCACGCCCUCCACACACUCACUCUCUCAUAUUUUUGGGAAGCAGAAGAACAGCUCAAAUGAGGUUGUUAACGCUGCUAGUGACGGUCAAGCCGAGAAGCCACCGCCACCGCCAUUCGAACAUCAGCUUUACAAAGAUUUGGGUGAAGUGGAGGACUUACUACGACAUUGGCUGACUUUCAGCUCCAACAUGAUUAAUAAAAAUGGAUCCGCAGAUAACCGGUCCAUUUUUAGUGACGAAUUUUACGAUGCGGACGAUAACAACCUUCAUAGCGAUCUGGACCAUUAUUCCAGUGAUGGUGUGAUUAUGUUGAACGACGAAGAAGGAGUCAACGCGCUAAUGCUAUCGCAGGAAGACCACACAGGAAAAGCUGAAGAUAAUGAUGAUGACUUUUCGUCUAAAUAUGAUGCCAAAUUUGUGCAGAAAAGUGUACCUGCGCCGUCAGGAGGAGACCUGUACCCGUUGAACGAGUUGAAAAAAGUUCAACGUCGCCAGGACGUUCCCGAGGCCGUAUCUUCUCCUCCAAGUCUGUUGUCGCACUUGAGGAAAAAUGUCGGCAAAGAUCUUACAUCCAUUUCGAUGCCCAUAACAUCGAAUGAGCCUAUUACUAUCUUACAAACGCUCUCAGAAACAUUUGAGUACUGUGAACUUCUCAACAAAGCAGCUUCAACUUCAGACGAGGAUCAUCGUAUGGCCUUGGUUGCUGCGUUCACCUGUUCGUAUUUGUCAAUGCAUAGGAGUAAAACACGGGCUCUUCGUAAGCCGUUCAACCCGCUUUUGGGUGAAACCUACGAGCUUGUGCGUGAGGAUAAAGGUAUUCGUUUGAUUUCCGAGAAAGUUUCUCACAAACCGCAGAAAUUUGCAUUUCACGUUGAGCAUGCGGAGUGGGAGCUUUCAUAUUCGGUGUGUCCAAUCCAAAAGUUUUGGGGUAAAUCCAUUGAAUUUAUCAACGAAGGUGAGCUAAAACUGACCUUCAAGUCCACGGGUGAAAGAUACGAAUGGUCGCAACCUGCAACAAUUUUGAAAAACCUAUUUGCCGGAGAGCGGUAUGUGGAACCUUCUAACCAUAUGGAGGUUGUCUCGUCGCAUAACGUCAAAGCUCGAGUCGCUUUCAGGGCUGCAGGGAUGUUUAGCGGACGCUCUGAGGAGGUUUCGAUUGCUAUACAUCGCGGUUCCAAACAAGUGGCCACUCUGAAGGGAGGUUGGACUAAAAGCAUUGUAGAUGCAGCCACCGGCGCCACAAUAUGGGAAGCCGGCAAGCUAGUUCCAAAUCAAGAACGCAAGUACGGCUUUACGCAGUUUGCAGCCGAUCUGAACGAAAUCACGGAAAUUGAAAAGGGAAACAUUCCGGUAACGGAUUCCAGACUCAGACCCGACUUACGACUCUACGAAAACGGCGAACUUGCCGAAGCUGAGCGUCUGAAGCUCGAGCUCGAACAGCAGCAGCGUGCCAGACGUUUGGAGGGCAAAGAUAAUCAACCUCAAUACUUCCACCAAGUUUCCGAAAACCAUUGGGAGGUCAAAACCGGACCUGACAGCUACUGGGAAAGAAGGAAACGGCACGACUGGACCAAUGUUGUUCCAUUAUGGUGA